GGCCGGGGUAUAAAAGCCGGGCGGGCGCAGCGAGGAGGCGCGGAGAGCCUGCCUGGCCUUGCCUCCGGGGCGGCCCCUGCGAGCCCGGCGUGAGCACGCCUGCGCGCUCCGGGCCUCCUGGCAGGCGGCGUGUAAGAUGAGUGAGGAGGCAGGUGGGGGAGAGGGGAGGCCGCGAGCGGGAGGGCGAGGGGAGCGCGGGUGCUGAGCGGCGCUCACUUUGGAGCGCAGCGAGCCAGCGAGCGAGAGGAGCCAGGUCCAUGCCCCGGGCUGCCUCCCCGCCAGGCGCGCGAAGAUGAUGGCCAUGAACGCCAAGCAGCCUUUCGGCAUGCACCCGGUGCUCCAGGAACCCAAAUUCUCCAGCCUGCACUCCGGCUCCGAGGCCAUGCGCCGCGUCUGUCUCCCGGCCCCGCAGGUACGUAGUGGCGCAUAAUUACCGCUCUAAGGCACAUUCUUUUAAUUUUUUUGACAGGCACUGGCUUCAUGUUUUUUUCAUGCCGCCCAGAACAAUCGCCGCUCGCUGUCUGAACCCCUCUCCUGUCUCCCCCGCGCUUUCUCCCUGUGCGGCGCGAGCUCUCUCUCUCAUUCAUGUCUCUGAUCCGCACGUCUGUUCCAGCAGAGCCUCUGCCUCCAGUAUUAAUUUUUAUGACCUGGGCUUUGAGUAGGAGAGGCAUCUCGGUUGCUUGUGAAAAUGUGUUUUAAUCCUGAGCUGACGGUAUUCCCCACUGACCGCGCUGUGCGCCUUUCUCGCUUGCAGCUGCAGGGCAAUAUAUUUGGAAGCUUUGACGAGAGCCUGCUGGCGCGCGCCGAGGCUCUGGCGGCGGUGGACAUCGUCUCCCACGGCAAGAGCCACCCGUUCAAGCCCGACGCCACCUACCAUACCAUGAGCAGCGUGCCCUGCACGUCCACGUCGUCCACCGUGCCCAUCUCGCACCCGGCUGCCGCCGCGCUCACCUCGCACCCGCACCACGCGGUGCACCAGGGCCUGGAGGGAGACUUGCUGGAGCACAUUUCGCCCACGCUGAGCGUCGGCGGCCUGGGCGCCCCCGAGCACUCCGUGAUGCCGGCGCAGAUCCACCCGCACCACCUGGGCGCCAUGGGCCACCUGCACCAGGCCAUGGGCAUGGGCCACCCGCACGCCGCCGCCGUGGCGCCGCACAGCGCCAUGCCCGCCUGCCUCAGCGACGUGGAGUCGGACCCGCGGGAGCUGGAGGCCUUCGCCGAGCGCUUCAAGCAGCGGCGCAUCAAGCUGGGGGUGACCCAGGCGGACGUGGGCGCGGCGCUCGCCAACCUCAAGAUCCCCGGCGUCGGCUCGCUCAGCCAGAGCACCAUCUGCAGGUUCGAGUCCCUCACGCUCUCGCACAACAACAUGAUCGCACUCAAGCCGGUGCUCCAGGCAUGGCUGGAGGAAGCCGAGGCCGCCUACCGGGAGAAGAACAGCAAGCCGGAGCUCUUCAACGGCAGCGAGCGGAAGCGCAAGCGCACGUCCAUCGCGGCUCCGGAGAAGCGCUCGCUCGAGGCCUACUUCGCCAUCCAGCCGCGGCCCUCCUCCGAGAAGAUCGCGGCCAUCGCCGAGAAACUGGACCUUAAAAAGAACGUGGUGAGGGUCUGGUUCUGCAACCAGAGACAGAAACAGAAACGAAUGAAGUACUCGGCGGUCCACUGACUGCGGCGGGGCUCGCUCAGCCUCUGGGGGCCGGGGAAGCUGUGCACGUCCUGGGGGGGAGGGACGGUAACGGGGGACUCCAAGAUGUUUUCUGGCAGGUCAGGCUCUCCUUACCGGAGCCACAGACUUUCUCCUUUACCCCACCCGGUUGUCUCCCGGACUUCUCUUUCUCCUUUUCCCCAUUCUAUUCCCACCAGAAAAGUUUUGGCACUAAGGAAAAAAAUUCACAAAGGGCGAGCCUGGAGGGACUUGUGCUGUCCAUGGUGCUGAAAAAAAAUCUCCCUGGCGCUCUGGACUGCGCGACUUCAGGAUGGGGAGCCCAAACGCAGGGGUUAGUGAAUUGGACCAGACCACAGGACUCUGUGCUGAAGGGGCCACAUUGAUUGCUAAGCUCGACUAGGGAUGGGGAGGCAAUGAUAAAUAAUAAUACAAAGUCAAACGGGGGCACCAAGAUGUACUGGAGAUUUAUUUAGAUUAUAUAAAAUCAUGUAUGUUUCCGAAGGAUAGCCUUAUACUCCCUUCCCCUCCUAAACUUUAUCCAUCUCAUUCUUUGGUUUGCUGUAAGUUCUCUAAGGUAGCAUGGGUUAGUUCAGGAAAAUCGUGCGGGGAGUCGUUCUCCAUGUAGGUCCUACUCCAGAAAAGGGCCUUCAUGCUGGGGUCUCUUUACUAUUUGCAAGCAGCAGUGGGCACCUGCCUUGGUCCAUCCUUUCCUACCUGCUGGUAAUUGCCGCCAGCUGGAGGGCCAGGGGUUGGUAGUGUUCCGGUCUGACAGAUAACUCUGGAUCCCAGCUCCCUAAUCCAGCCAGGUGCCAGUGCACUGCAGAGGCCGCUGCUCGAAAGUAAUCAUAACUUCUCCGAGCUACAAUAUGCAAGUCCUUCCAACACGUCUAACCUCGCCACUCUUUCAUUGUUGUUAUUGUUAGCAUCUUUGUUUCCUGUUAUUUAUUUAAUGCUGCUUCUUUUCGCCCCCCUUAUAUGAGUGCCUCUUGAUGGAGAUUCACUUAUAAUUUUUGGUGGAAAGAGGGGCCAGGCCACCGACCUGGAUCCUUCCCACGUCACUCUCUCCAGCCCCAUCCCAUUUUAUCUUUCGUUGCUUCAUGUAAUUUGCGUGUUGCUGUGUGGUCUUUGGUUUCGUUCUCCGAGCAGAUACAAAUAAAAUAUUAAGUUUUCUCCUCUCAUUACCCCCUUCAAUUAACUUCUAAAAUAAAUGCUUUA